AUGGUUCAAGGCCUCCGCUAUCGACGCGGCUUCCCGCUCGCCCUCAUCGCUCUCUUCUUGUACUUCACCCUCAGUCGAAUAUCCUCCCCGUCCUCUUCGUCCACACAGCCAGCAGACCCUCGUUAUCUCCCGAUAUCAGAAGACCACCCGGCUGCGAUCGGCUUCAAGCCCGACGAGGCUGAUCAUGUCACUCUACCGGAACAUAUCAUCGUAGAGCCUGAAGAUAAAGAGAUAUUAAAAACUGCGCACUCCCGAUUUACCACCUUGUUAUCGAGCCCGACUGCUCCAAAACUACGCUACACCUCUGGCACCAGAGGCAUCGUCUCAACCGCGGGUGGCCAUUACCUCCCGGUCCUGGUCACCUCCUUGCAUAUGCUCCGGGAAACAGGCUCAACUCUUCCCGUCGAAGUCUUCGUGGCGGACAAAAGUGAAUACGAUGAAUACGUCUGUGGCGUGGUACUGCCCUCGCUGAAUGCGAAAUGUGUGAUCUUGGCAGAUAUUCUGGACUUCUCACCGCUGGACGAGGGCCUGAAGAAAUAUCAGUUCAAAAUCUUUUCCCUCCUCUUUUCAUCUUUCGAGCAGGUGCUAUUCCUCGAUGCCGAUUCAUUCCCCAUACACAACCCUGGAGAGUUAUUCGAUUCAGAGCCAUUCCUUUCAACGGGCCUGGUUACCUGGCCCGACUUUUGGCAGGUGACUUAUCACCCGUCCUUUUUCUACGUUUCGUCCCAACAAGUCCCGACAGGAUUCCGCCAUGCAUCCACUGAAUCAGGCCAGCUGCUGGUCUCCAAGAAUUCCCACGCGCAAAUGCUUUUGCUAUCGGCCUAUUACAACUUCUACGGCCCGUCGCAUUACUACCCAUUACUAUCCCAAGGCCACCCUGGCGAAGGAGAUAAGGAAACACUCGUCGCCCCCGCCAUGAUUCUGCAUCUUCCAUUUUACGCCGUUUCCACGGGACCGGCCGUCUUCGGCUAUCGCAAACCGGACGGCGGGUGGGAGGGCGGCGUGAUCCUACAAACAAAUCCGAUCUGGGACUCGCGCCUCCCAGAGGGCGAAGUGUACGGCUGGGGUGGGAAGCCUAACGCCCCUCCAGAAUCCUUUAUGACAUGCCAUGCCAACCUGCCCAAGCUGGACCCCAUCAGCGUGUUCGGGGAAAAGGGACUCGCGUGGAACGCUGAAGGCGACCCGCAGCGAAUGUGGGGCCCUAAGCAUGAAAUGAUUAAGAAAGUCGGGUUUGACAUCGAGCGCAGGCUCUGGGGCGGAUUGCAGAAGACCGCGUGUGGGCUUGAAGGCAAGUUCGUGCCCUGGAAUGACAAACCGAAAUUGUGCGGGAAGAUUGAAGACUUCAUGAAGUACAUGGCGAAUAAAUAA